CUCUUGGCUCAUCGUACAUAAAUCAUCCGAACUUUACAUCCUGGGCACCUUUCGAACACACGAGCAGCCGCCACCAACCCCUGACAAACCCCUGUCAUGCAAAUGAGCAUGGUUCCUUAGAUGCUUGUUUCUGUUGAUGCAGGAACGGUGGAUCGGAUGUUGUCUAAAAACUUUAAUUGUACAUCACCACUCUCGACGAUCAUUCAACCUUCCAUCUAUCCCGCGUCGUAAUGACGACCUCAAAUGACAAUGCAAGGCUUUUUGAGCCAGGACAUCUCCGCAACGGGCCUCGUUCAGCUAUGAAAUAUUACCCCGCAUCUGGUCUCACAUUCGCCAAAUCUGAGACUCCCUCAUCUCCGUCAACCACAGUCAUCGUCGGUGUCGACGGAGCAUGCCCUGAUAAUGGAAACGGGCCAGCUCGAGGAUCAUGGGGAAUCUACUUUGGGCGCAAUUCGCUGUACAAUACAUGUGGCCUAAUCCCAGAGACCGAGAAGAAGACGAACAAUGUCGCCGAAAUCUAUGCUGCAAUUUCCGCUGUUAGACUCGUUUCCCAAAAGGUAGUACUUGGUACUCGAGAGGUGAAACAGCUUGUCAUCAUGUCGGAUUCAACUUGGCUUGUAAAUUCCAUGACGAUCUGGCUACAAAACUGGAAACAAAACGGGUUUCAGAGCUCAAAGAAGAAGCCGGUCAUCAAUUCGGAGUUGAUUCGAGAACUGGAUGAUCUGAUUGAGGAUGUGGAAACAACACUAGGACUCAAUGUCAAAUUCUGGCACGUGAAGAGGAAGUCCAACUUUGGAGCGGACAGGUUGGCCAACAUAGCUCUGGACAAUGACGCCGAUUGGGAAGCCUUCUGGAGAAACCAGCUCGAAUUCGAUCCUAAAUCACUUAAUUUGGAUUUCUUUACUUUGCGUACGAAUACUGUGGUAACCAUGGGACCGAGAUUGCUUUGUUUGGAAUACCCUGUGACAGGGAAAGGAGAAUGGUUUUCGUCGUUGCGUGCAUUCCUCAUUUUACAGAACAGCUGGAAGGUCAGCUGUUUGCCUGGAAGGACACCAGAAUCGAAAGAUCUCCUUCGAGAUGAAAUUCUCAAAGGGUUUCUGGGCCCGAACUUUCGGAGGAGAGCAAAUCUUGAGCUUGAGAAGCACAAGCAGAAAUCGGACGCUCAAAUGGCGCUUCUGCUGAAUGCCGCGAAGAAGUAUCACGAGGAUGGCGAUGAGAGGAAGGGAAAGUUCGUCAUGUUGGCGGAGAUCAACAACCACAUGAUUAUGACCAUUGUGUCACGCUCACUGGAAGUAUCUCUUCCGUUCGCUGAAUGCAAUGAAAGUUUUGUGAAUCGAGCAAAACAAUAUCUCAGUGAUGACGAUGAUGUUAUCAAGAAGCUCGAAGUCUUGAUCAGCGGGACAACGAAGCAAGCGAAGAGACAAGGCAAAAAGCAGGGCCGAAAAACACGACAGGUUCCAAAGCCAAAUGAAAUCGACAGUGGAGCAAAGCUUGACUGGGGUGAUGAUUGGGUUGAGGUUGAACGGCCUGAGGAACAUUUGACCUGACCUUAGUUGGGGCAGGUCUUACCAAGAUUGUGCGAAACCACUUGACGACUGUACAAUACCGACUUUGUAUCAACUUUAUGUACUAUUGUUGUGAUAUUUGAUAGAUUUUGUUUUACCCUAGGACAUUCUCUUGGCCAGAGUCUCUUAAGCUCGUUGAAAACUCGAUGAGAAGUUAUCCCUUUGGAUUUGGAAGAAGCACGGCGGGUUCAAAUAUUGUAUGCCAUAAAAAUCGAAAUACGACGU